AUGGCGGCCGAGCACUUGUAUGCGACGACGGUCCAGCAGCGGAAGCCCAGCCACUCCGUUAGAGGGCUGGCUGCCAUGGUACUGGUAUACGUGGCGCCACUGGUGUCUGACCGACUUUCCACCCUUAUCAGCUGCUGGGCCUGGAUUCAGAGUCUCUACGUUACGUUUGCCGACCAUCUCCAGAAUGACAUCUCGGACCACGACCAGGUCAGAGUAUUCCUCGUCGGAGCGUGCCUCAGCGGCUACUUCUCUCUCCUAAUGCGCUUCUUGAGUGAAUGCCACUCGUUUCGCGGGUUCAUCGCGGUGGCGGCGGGCACAUUUGUCGCAGUCAACCUCCCACACAUUGCAUUUCGAAUUUGGGAACAUCUUCCCCACUCAGAUCAAUAUGACCUAUAUUACGCCACACAAUUGCUCCUUUUCCGGCUGAACGCCGUCAUCCGAUUUGUGGCCGAGUCGAGACUAGGAAGGAGAGCCCCCGUUCACAACCCUUGCGCGAGGGUACGAUCCCAAAACGCCUACUACAAGUACGCUUCUCUAGCUAGAAAUCAAAUCCGAGUCCUCAGACUGCUCCCCGGCCCGCCCUCGGAGCCCAUCCGAUGCCAACUUGACACGGUUUCGCUGGAGGGCGAUGUCGCUUAUCAAGCCGUGUCGUAUGUAUGGGGAAGCGACCAGUUAAGCCAGUUCGUUAUUGUGGAGCGGGGCAACAACAACAACAACAACAACAACAAGGGCGCGCGUCUGGACGUGACGGCGAGCGCGCACGCCGUGCUAAAGAAGCUGCGGUCGCGGUGGCAAGAGCGGGUGCUAUGGAUCGAUGGGCUCUGCAUCAACCAGAAGGACGAGGACGAGAAAUCAUCGCAGGUUCAGAUGAUGGGCAGGGUGUACGCCGGGGCAUGGCGCGUCGUCGCGUACCUCGGCCCCUCCGAGACGGCUCCCCUCGUACAGUCACACCUGGCGCGGAUCCGGUACUUGCGGCAAGGCCGCGGCAUGUCGAUUCGGCAGAUACGAGAUGCCAUGCUCGACUCUGCACCGGGCUGGUUGGCGCUUCGCCAUUUUUUCAGCAACCCAUGGUUUACCCGCGUCUGGAUAGCCCAGGAAGUCGUGUUGUCAGCGGAGCUACACCUCAUCUACGGCGACAUCUGCAUGGACUGGGGAGCCAUCAGCCAGUCAAUAGAGGUCCUCGUGCACCUCAUCAUCAGACCGUUCCUUCUGCAGGAUAACGACUCGGAUUCUAGCCCCGGAAGAAGCGCCAUCAGGGAGGGCCUCGACGGCGCCUGCGCCAUGCUCGAGCUACACGGCGAUUUUAAGAGCCGCCCAAGUGAGAUGACCCUGGGCGCCGUCCUAGGGUGCGCUCUUUGCUUCAACUGCGGAGACAAGAGGGACAAGAUCUACGGUCUGCUCUCGCUCGUCAAGGAUCCGAAAGUGACGCCCAACUACCGUACAGACUACCAGGAGGUGUACUGCAGCACCAUGCGCCAGAUAAUCUGGGCCGACGGCGCCAUCAAGGCACUCCACUACGCCGGCAACGGCAGCCGCAAACCCGUAGCAGGCUUGCCGUCCUGGGUAUCGGAUUGGCAAUACAGCUCACUUAGCGGGUUGUACAACCGCGAAUACACUGCAGGAACUGACCGCCCCUCCACCGUCCUUGUCGACCCAGACAGACCGCUUUGUGUUUCCGUCAAGGGAUGGCGACGAGACCGUGUUAAGCUACUCAGCGAUGCUCUGGAGAUGGGCGACGAGGCAUCAAUAUCAAAGGGCAGCCACAUUCUGAGGGCGUGGCACCGUGCCGCGGAGACCAUGGCCAUGGAAAACGCCAUCUGCUACCCCGAGGGCAAGCGCCUGGAGGUUUACAUUCGCACAGCCAUAGCGGACCGUUUUACAACGCUGACGACCGCCAAAUGGUGGCUGUCCCCCGACUACAACACGCGCUUCUCCCUCUCGAACUUUUCGCCCGCUAAAAAAGCCGAGCUUCGCGUUAUGAGCAGCCGCGCCCACGACAACCGCCGGUCGUUCGACUCGGCCGCUACGGCAUCGAUACUAGGAGGCAUGCCCGUGGUCCAGGCCUUGCACCACCUGCCCGUGCCGAGCCGUAGCCAUUCGACGGCGAACCGCUAG